AGAAAGUAGGUAAAGCUUGACGCUUGACAGUUUUAUGUUUUCGUUUUCAUUUUAGUAUUGGCGUUGAAAUCUAGCUUCUAAUAGUUUUAAGUUACUAUCAAACUUAAGUACGGAAUAUUCCUAUAAUAGUCAAGAACAAUGAGCCAAUAGAAGAUGUAAAGUACAGAUGCUUAUAAAGGAAACAAAAGCAAAACAAACUUGGUAGUUUUAAAACAUCUAACCUGGGAAACAAGAAAAAAUGUUUUCUAUUUGUCGUCAAACUCACCCUGCUACGGGUAUUGAGCACGCGAUUAGCUGCUGUUUCUUUAAUAAUGAUGAAGUAUGCCUGAUUACUGCUGGUGCUAAUAUAAUAAAGGUUUUCAGGCUUUUGCCUGAGGGCCACGCGAAAGAGGUUAAUGCCGCUGGUCAACCGAUUCCACCUAAAAUGAAACUAGAAUGUCUAGCCUCAUACACUCUCUGGGGCAAUGUGAUGUCAAUAGCAUCAGUGAAAUGUCCAAGUGCUGGUCGUGACUUACUGCUGGUGUCAUUCAAGGAGGCAAAGUUAUCUGUAGUGCAAUAUGAUCCGCAAGUUAAUAAUCUCAUUACACUUAGUAUGCAUUACUUUGAAGAAGAUGAUAUGAAGGGUGGAUGGACGACUCAUCCCCACAUACCCUGGAUACGAGUGGACCCAGAAUUCAGAUGUGCCGUAAUGUUAUUGUAUGGAAGGAAAUUAGCGGUGUUGCCGUUCAGGAAAGAUAUAACCUCAGAAGAGGGUGACCCUUUGGAGGCUAAGCCAUUAGAUUGUAAGAAAAAUCAACCAAUACAAACCAUAUCCAGAGCACCAACGCUAGCAUCUUAUGUGAUAAUAUUGAAAGAACUCGAUGAAAAGAUAGACAAUAUAUUGGACAUACAGUUUCUCUAUGGUUACUAUGAACCGACAUUGUUGUUACUGUACGAGCCGGUUAGGACAUUUGCUGGACGUACGGCCGUUCGUAACGAUACCUGUGCAAUGGCUGGUGUUAGUCUCAAUAUGAGCGCCAGAGUACAUCCUGUUAUAUGGUCUAUAGGAGGAUUGCCGUUUGACUGUAUACAGGCUGUUCCGAUUCAGAAACCAUUAGGCGGUUGUUUAAUAAUGGCUGUGAAUUCUUUGAUAUAUUUGAAUCAAUCUGUGCCGCCAUACGGGGUCUCUCUAAACAGUAUUGCUACACAUACCACUAAUUUUCCUCUACGUAUUCAAGAAGGCGUCUGUAUAACGCUGGACGGCGCUAGAGUGGUAGCUCUAGGUGAUACUCGAUUGUCGCUCGCCCUCAAGGGUGGUCAACUGUACGUGUUGACCUUACUAUCGGACUCCGUGAGGAGUGUACGGAGCUUUCACCUGGACCGCGCCGCAGCGUCUGUGUUGACGUCCUGUAUGUGUGUGAUCGAAGAAGAUUUUCUAUUUCUUGGAUCGAGACUUGGAAAUUCUUUGCUAUUGAGAGUGACCGAGAGGGAAAAUAGAAUGUUGUUCUCCGUGGACAAGCCUUUAGAAGCUACGGUCGACCUUACGCUGUCCGAAACCGAUAAAGAUAAAGAACCAUUGCCGAAGGAACCCCAAAAAGAAAUGUUAGAUCCGCAAGCGAAGAAGCGUCGUUUGGACACCAUAAGCGACUGUGUCGCCACCAAUGUGGUGGAAAUAUCGGACAAGGACGAGCUGGAGGUGUACGGUUCUGACAUACGGACCUCCACCCAGCUCACCAGCUAUGUGUUCGAGGUAUGCGAUUCCCUGUUGAACAUAUGUCCUAUCGGCGACGUGUCCAUGGGGGAGCUCCAGUUGGUGUCCGAGGAGGGAGCGGGGAGGAGGUCGAGGCCGGCCCUCGAAAUGGUCGCGUGCAGCGGACGAGGGAAGAACGGAGCUUUGGCUGUGUUACAACGGUCGCUCACACCGCAGCUACUCACUGCCUUCGAUCUACCAGGCUGUAUAGAUAUGUGGACUGUGAUCGGAGAGGCGACGGAAGUCAAUAGAGAAGCCCACAAAGAUAUGGAAGGCAGCCAUGCUUACUUGAUACUGACACAGGAAGACUCGAGUAUGAUUCUUCAAACCGGCCAGGAAAUAAACGAAGUGGAUAAUUCUGGUUUCAUGACGAGCGCCCCCACGGUGUUCGCGGGUAACUUAGGGAACAACAGGUUCAUGGUCCAAGUUACCACAACAGCUAUAAGACUUGUGAGAAAUGGCGUGUUGGUUCAGUCUAUCACGUUAGAGUGGACGGCCCGCAGCGCGUGCACCGCCGACCCCUACCUGUGUGUGGUGUCCACUUGCGGCCGGGCGCUGGUGCUCGCGCUCAGGGAGCUGCGGGCCAGGGACGCCACGUCAGCUCGGCUCGCGCCAACGAGACAGGCGGUGCCUCACAGACCGGCCUUACUGAAAGCCGUUCCUUACAGAGAUCUCAGUGGGUUAUUCACCAGCACAGACGACAACAUACAGGUCAAAGGUGAGUUCACGGGUAAAAUGAAAGAGAAAAAUAUCAAGGCUGAAGGUUUCAAGGCGGACACAGUGUAUGAAUUGAACGAUGAAGAUGAGUUACUGUAUGGAGGAGAUCAGACGCCAGCGUCCAUGGCUAGUAUAAUGUUAGCCGAGCAGUCUCACACUAUGGGAGUUCCCCGGCGCGUGAGUCGCUGGUGGCGCCGCCUAUUGGCGGAUGUUAGGGUUACGUAUUGGUUGUUCGUGGUGCGAGAUAACGGCAACCUCGAGAUAUAUUCGCUACCGGAAAUGAAACUAAGCUUCCUCGUUAGGGAUGUCUGUGCUGGUGAAAGGAUUUUAGCUGACAGCUUAGAGUCCGUUCCUAUACCGAACCAAACGGAUGAAGACGAAUUCAAUACAGGGCAUAGUAGUAACGCGGAGAGACUUCAAGAAAUCCUAGUCGUCGGCCUGGGACAUAAGGGGUCGAGGGUUCUCAUGUUGCUGAGGUGUGAUGACGACCAGCUGAUGAUAUAUCAGGCCUACAAGUAUCCCAGGGGUAACCUUCGGAUGCGUUUCUCUCGUAUGUCGUUGUCGUUUCCGUUCGGUUAUCGUAGCGGCGUCGUGUCGUGUCCGGAGGAAAGCUACGAAGCGUCCACGCUGCGGGAGGGGGUCAGGCAGCUGAGGUAUUUUGGGAACGUCGGCGGUUACAGCGGUGUGUUUGUAUGCGGUCGGACCCCUUAUAUGCUAGUGCUGGGAUCUCGAGGCGAACUCCGCAUACAUCCUUUAUCCGACAACGCAGCGACCUUCGCAUCAUUCAACAACACCAACUGUCCCCAGGGCUUCAUGUAUUUUAACGACAAGGGUUCGUUGCGUAUCUGUGCGCUACCAACGCAUCUGUCUUUCGAGGCGUCGUGGGCGGUUAGAAAGGUUCCUUUGCGUGAAACACCCCACUCUGUGACAUUCCACCUGGAGUCGAGGACGUACUGCCUGGUGUCGUCGGUGUCCCAGUCGACGCACUCCUAUUAUAAGUUCAACGGAGAGGAUAAAGAGAAAUCUAACGAAAACAAAGGCGACAGGUUUCCAUAUCCCAUGAUGGAGCGCUUCUCCAUAAUGCUGUUCUCACCGGUGUCAUGGGAAGUCAUACCCAACACGAGGAUAGAGUUGGAUGAAUGGGAACAUGUGACGUGUCUGAAGAACGUGUCACUGUCAUACGAGGGCACCAGGUCUGGUCUCCGCGGUUACAUCGCGAUAGGGACUAAUUAUAACUACGGAGAGGAUAUUACUUCUAGAGGGAGGAUUUUGAUUUACGAUAUAAUAGAUGUUGUACCCGAACCGGGCCAGCCGUUGACCAAAAAUAGGUUUAAAGAAAUAUACGCGAAGGAACAGAAGGGUCCCGUGACAGCUCUCACACAAGUUUUAGGGUUCCUCAUAUCGGCUGUGGGUCAGAAGAUAUAUCUCUGGCAGCUGAAGGACAACGACCUCGUCGGCGUAGCGUUCAUUGACACCCAAAUUUACGUCCACAGAAUGUUGGCUGUUAAGAAUCUGAUAUUGGUAGCUGAUGUUUACAAAUCAAUAUCCCUCCUGAGAUACCAACACCAACACAGGACACUGUCGCUCGUGUCCAGGGACCUCAGGACGGCUCAGAUAUACGACAUGCAGUUCAUGAUAGACAACACGAGUCUGGGCUUCCUCGUGAGUGAGUCGGAGGGUAACUUUGCUAUGUACAUGCACCAGCCUCAAGCCAGAGAGAGUUAUGGAGGUCAGCGUUUGAUUCGUAAAUGUGAUUAUCAUCUGGGACAAAGAGUACACGCCAUGUUUCGUCUGGCGGCUAGAGGGGAGAGACAGACACACGUCACUAUGUUCACAACCCUCGACGGGGGAGUAGGUUACGUGCUGCCUGUCUCAGAGAAGGUCUACCGAAGGUUAUUGAUGUUGCAGAACGUCAUCAACAACUACUGCUGCCAUCUAGCGGGACUCAACCCUAAAGCUUACAGGACGUACAAAGUAUCGCGUCGCGCCUUGUGUGGUGGAGCUGCGCGAGGAGUGCUCGACGGAGAUCUGGUCUCAUUGUACACGAGCAUGCCACGGACAGAACAACAGGAUAUCGCGAGAAAAAUUGGUACGAAAGUUGAGGAGAUUAUGUCUGAUCUAUAUGAGAUAGACAGACAGACGGCUCAUUUCUAGUUGUAAUGAUAAUUGUAUAUAUAAAGCUUGGCCCUCAUCGUG